AAAAAUAACCACAGCUGAUGUAAAUGAAAAGAACCUCCUCAGUUGUUGCAAAAAUCAGUGCCCUAAAGAGCUUCCUUGUGGUCAUAGAUGCAAAGAGAUGUGUCAUCCCGGUGAAUGUCCCUUUAAUUGCAACCAGAAGGUAAAACUUAGAUGUCCUUGUAAAAGAAUAAAAAAGGAAUUGCAGUGCAACAAAGUACGUGAAAAUCAGGUUUCAAUAGAAUGUGACACAAUGUGCAAGGAAAUGAAGCGGAAAGCAUCUGAGAUAAAAGAAGCAGAAGCCAAAGCUGCUUUUGAAGAAGAAAAACGAAGACAACAGGCUGAACUAGAAGCUUUUGAAAACAGACUGAAGGGUCGUCGGAAGAAGAACAGGAAAAGAGAUGAAGUGGCAGUGGAGCUAUCACUAUGGCAAAAACAUAAAUAUUAUCUCCUUUCAGUGUGUGGAGCUGUGGUUGUGGUGUUUGCAUGGUACAUCACCCAUGAUGUCAAUUAAAAAAAGUUUCUAUCUUUUAAUAUAACUCAGAUUGGAUUUAGAUAAGUUGUUAAAUUUGAAAUAUUAGAAAAUGUAUGUUAUAGAACAUGAUAUAUAUUUACAUUCAUCUGUGUAUUCUCUUUCAGCUGUUGUUAGAAGGACAGAAUGUUAAACUUUAUCUUAAUUAGUAUACUAGAAAGGGCAGUAUAACACUGUUUAAAGUGAAAGCAUGACUGAAAUUGUAAAAUAUUUCAUAAGGCUUAGAGGCAGAGUAACAUAUGUUUUUUUUCAUUGGGCUUCCUUAUACUAACUUAGUUUUUUCAUUUAACAUUUCAAACCAACACUUUAAAAAAUAGUUCAGAUGAAACUGAGCCAUAUGUGUAGUAAGAGAAAUAUUUCUUAAUGUUUUGGUUACUUAUUAUAGAGUACUUUUCUUGAUCCUGUUAACUUUGUACUUUUUUUAAAAAGUGAUUCUCUAACAGGCCUCUUAAAUUGUUACAUGAAGGUAUAUAAUUAGAUUUCAGAUGUUGGUUUAUUAGUGAAGAAUUUUUGUCAAUAAAUGUUAUGUGGCUUGUUCUUCAGAGUAUAUAGUUAUUUUCAACAAAUACCAAGCUAGAUUCCUCACAUGUGGCUAUUUCUUAUGUAAGAAGCUUUUCACUGAAGUUGGCAUGUUUCGUAAAACUUGUAUGUGUCUUUUAAAAAUAAGAAUAAAAGGAAAAUAAGUAUUUAUAAAGAAUAUGUGCUGAUAACAGGGCUUAUGAGCUUUAUGUACUUUAGUGUCAUUUCUCUUUACCACAAUCUUAAAUAGAUUUCAGCUGAAAAUAAUCAAUUCUUAGGAAAACAAAUGGAGAAAUAUCAGUAAGUCAAAUCUGUUUGAAUUAUAAUUCCUUUCAAAUAAUUUUACUAUUUAAUUUAUAUGAUUAAUGUUUACAUUAAAAUUUUUCAUACCAAA